AUGAAAACACAAAUAAAAAUAGAUGAUGGUACCGGCACAGAGGCCCAGGAAACCUCAGGCCCGGCAGGUGUGGGUGAGCUCGCCACACAGGUCGUAAUCAGUAGCUCCGGAAAUGCAAGUUUGACUAUGGAAACGGAACACUCGGAAUAUAAAGACUUGGACAGUACUAACAGACACUGCUACUCAGCCCCGCUUAGAUUAAGGGGAGGCGGCAAUGACGACGAAUCCGACAUGUCACAAACCGGUAGCACCAGUGGUGACAUGGUCGCUGGAAACAGCAAAAAGCGAGGUCCAACCUCGCCGGGUGGUCAACUGACCAAGCAACCACGUAGCUCGAAAAAAUCGAGCGAAAUAAGUGACCUCAUUGGAUGGAUUGAGCACACAAUAAUCCAAGAGAAGGAAAAAAAGAGGAUAGGCAUACAAACGGCAGAAAAACUGCUCAUAAACAUCAACAAAUUAAGAACGGCAACCGCGACCCUAGCUCACGAAAACAGCAGACUCGCUGGGGAGGUGGAGGGCAAAGACGAAGCCCUUCAACAGAGCCUCACUAUAUUCAUAGAGAAACUGGAUAUAAAGAACGCUGAAGCCAGUAGUCUGAAAAUAGAACUAGAUGCGUUAAAGACCACUGCAGCGGUACCACGCCCAACUGUAACACAACAGUCGACGUAUGCAGCUAAGGCAGCUAAGACGCCGGCAAGUACAAAAGCCACGCCUAAAAACGUAAAAAACGCAAAAGCACCCCCGGCUAAGUCAAAGAAGGCGGCCGAGAUGGAACAGCUAAAUAAAAGCAGGCAAGUCAAAGCGACAUCUAGGUUCAUCGUGGAGAUACCGCAGGAUAUGUCAGUGGCAGACGCGAAGGCAGGAGUCUGGCAGGCGGUCAGGUCGAGGAAUAGCAGGCCCAAAGCUAAGACCAUCGUAAGCGGCCGGUCGCUUAUAAUAAUUCCGGACGACUCCAACACGUUGGAGGUGAUAAGAGACAUCAGCAAUAUAAUAGAAUUAGGCCCGAAAAAACCUCGAGUCAUAAUCCAUGACGUCGAUGGUGGAAUCAGUCAAGAGGAACUGACAGAGUGUUUGCUAGCGCAGAACGAGGAACUUGGCUUAACCGCAGAGGAUAUGAGCAACUCUAGACCACUCCACAAGCUGGGCCCGCGGGACAGCGAUGUGGUCCAUUGGGUCGUGGAAGUUCCACCAAGCGUUCUCGCAAAAAUAGAGAACAAAGCUCUAUACAUCGGCAUGACGAGAUGCAGAUGCAAGUUCCACAGCUGUGCGGUUGACGGCUGCACAUGCAAAGCCGGUUACGAGUGUGCGUGUGUGUGA